UAUUCGGUCCGUGUGAUAGAGUAACAGUAUUAUAUAUAUAUACAUUAUAUGAUAUAUUAUCGUUCUUUUUUUUGCACAUUGAAACACGUUUUUUGAACACGUCGGUGUUCUCUUUCGAUGCUGUGAGUUUAUAAAUUUUAGUUUUUUUUUUUUUUACUUCCAAGAUCAUAUUUGUUUGGUCAACGCGUUUAAAUAAUGUCGAAUAACGCGGCACCGGACUCAUGGGAGGAAGCCGAAGUGGCCGAUACCAAUGCUGCCGAUUUGCAAGCGAAACUCAUCAAACUCAACGUAAACGCUGCUGAGUUCGUGCCGUCGUUCUCAUCCAUUUCUAGUAAAGUUACAGAUAAUGAACAAUCUAACGUGGACAACCAAAAGAACGAUGACAAAAAAUCAAACGUAGUUAACACAGAUGAAUCUGUAGAAUCAAAUACUGGUGUGGAUGAAGCUUUGGGCGCUCCAGUACUUGAUUCUUGGGAAGACGGUGCUUCGAGCACACCUGAAGAUGGAACUGCAAAACCAAUUGCUGAAGAUGUAGAUAGUGAAGGUGAGGAUGAAAAGCCCAAGUCAACUCCAAAAAAGCCAGUUCAAAAUUUACAGCCUAAACCUAAAAAAGAACAUAUCAACAUAGUUAUCAUAGGGCAUGUCGAUGCUGGUAAAUCAACAAUUGGUGGACAAAUUAUGGCUUUGACUGGUAUGGUCGAUAAAAGAACUUUAGAUAAAUAUGAAAAAGAAGCUAAAGAAAGAAGUCGAGAAUCAUGGUAUCUCUCAUGGGCAUUAGAUACCAAUCAAGAAGAAAGAGAAAAAGGUAAAACUGUUGAAGUUGGAAGGGCAUAUUUUGAAACUGAAAAGAAACAUUUCACUAUUUUGGAUGCCCCUGGACAUAAAAGUUUUGUACCAAACAUGAUAGGAGGUACGGCCCAAGCAGAUUUAGCCGUUUUGGUAAUAUCAGCACGUAAAGGUGAAUUUGAGACAGGUUUUGAUCGAGGUGGCCAAACUAGAGAACAUGCUAUGUUAGCAAAAACAGCUGGUGUAAAGCAUAUGGUAGUUUUAAUUAACAAAAUGGAUGAUCCUACUGUUUUGUGGUCUAAUGUAAGAUAUGAAGAAUGUCGAGAUAAAAUUUUGCCUUAUCUAAAAAAACUUGGAUUUAAUGUUGGCAAAGAUUUAACAUUCAUGCCAGUUUCUGGACAAACUGGUUUGGGUCUUAAAGAUCAAGUUGAAGAAUCAAUAUGUCCAUGGUACAGAGGACCAGCAUUUAUUCCAUUUAUUGAUAGCUUACCAUUAUUAAAUCGGAAAUCAGAUGGACCGUUUAUUAUGCCUGUUGUAGAAAAAUAUAAAGACAUGGGAACCGUUCUUAUGGGAAAAGUUGAGUCUGGAGAAGCAAAAAAAUCCCAGAAUCUUUUAAUAAUGCCAAACAGGACUCAAGUUAUUGUUGAUCAGUUGUGGUCAGAUGAUGAAGAAGUUUUAUCAGUUGGGCCAGGUGAAAAUAUUAAAGUUAAGCUAAAAGGUAUAGAAGAAGAAGAUGUUUCCCCUGGGUUUAUUUUAUGCGAUACAAUUAACCCUGUGAAAACUUGUCGAAUUUUUGAUGGACAAGUAGUCAUAUUAGAACAUAAAAGUAUAAUAUGUGCAGGUUAUUCUGCAGUUAUGCAUAUCCAUUGUGUUGCUGAAGUAGUUGAAGUUAAGGCAUUAAUAUGUUUAGUUGAUAGGAAAACUGGUCUAAAAUCAAAUAUGCGACCACGUUUUGUUAAACAAGAUCAAGUAGUAAUAAUGAGGCUUGAAUGUGCUGGUGUUGUUUGUCUUGAAGAAUUUAAACUAUUUCCUCAAAUGGGGCGAUUUACACUUAGAGAUGAAGGUAAAACUAUUGCUAUUGGAAAAGUGUUAAAAAUUAUAGAAUAAAUGAGCUUUGUAAGACCUUAUAAGUUAAUAAAUGAUGGUUCAUAUAUAUAUAUAAUAUAUUUUUUAACUUAAUUUUU